AUGCUACCAUUAUAUGACACACAGCGCUUACAGCGUUUCGAACAAAAGUUCAUCGUACCUACGAACAAAAUGCUGUUCAUCCGACUGAACGAUGAUGUGCUUAGAUUUAUUGCUGCUUCCGUCGCGCAGUCCGAAGAAGUUGCAGACAUUCUCGGUCUUGCACCCACCUGCCGCCGUCUUUAUAACGCUGCCAGGUUUUUCGUUCCAUCUUGCUUACGAAUAGAAGUACCAUCUCGAAGAUUUCUUCUUCUAAAAAGAACCAUGAACGAAGAUGCAAGCUAUGGACUGGGAGUGUAUUCUGCAAAGAUCGAAGCGCACAGUUCACAGAGAGAAGGGACUUGGGACGAAUUGCGCGAGUUCUUUCGAUAUAUACCAAAUUUGAAGCAACUUUCUGCUACCGACUCUUGCCUGAACGUCAUUUCUGUUCUUUUGUCUCCAGAACUCUCUUUUCGGCAGUCUCUAAAGAAGCUAGCCCUCUGCGAUGUGAGCCUUACAGCUGUCGACUUCUUUGAAUUAGUUCGCUUGCCACAACUCCAUCAUUUGGAGGUCCGAGAGUUCAUGAAUUACGAUGACGAUAGGAAUUUCUCAGAUGAUUUUCAUCCUUCUCAGUUGCAAGUUUUGAAGUUGUAUGCAGGCCAAAUCCGUUGUCGGACUCUUCAACGCAUUGUCGGUAGCUCACCAUCAUUACACACGCUCGAUUGCAGAUCACCGCUUUACGGACCUUCGCAGAAAAACGUAAUCUGGGGCAGCGCUUUCAUCGCAACAGAACUGUCUCCUCUUUUAGUUUUGUCAACGCUACUUUCAGCAUCCCAAACUUUGGUCACGUUGAACUUGACCACCAACUCCCAGGAAUGGCAAGGUCAUGACGGCACUAGAUUGGAUCUCGUCAGGUUCAGGGCCUUAAAACAUAUAUCUGCCAGUGCUAAAUUGUUCGUUGCGCCUCUAUCACUUGGGAUCACUCGCGGUGGGUUGUUUAGACUAUUGCCGCCGUCCUUGAUCACUCUUCAGCUUAAAUUUCGAUUCAGCAUUGGAAUACUAUACGCAACGCAAUCGCAACGAAUAGAUUUGGCUGGGUAUCAACGCCUUUUAGAUCAAACUCUAGAUCCAUCAGUAUAUGAAUGGAUUCUUGAGCUCGCUCAGCACAAGAGAGAUUUCUUCCCAAACUUAGAGUCUGUCAGAAUGGUAGAACUAAUACUUGAGCGGCGCCUCGUGCACCUGUUCUCGUCGGAGGAUUGGGUCCUUCCAGCGCGUUUCGAGCAAGCUUUCAACGAGGCGGGCACCACUUUGAAGGUAUCUGUUCGAGCUCCAGUAGGGAUUGAAGGGAGGGGCUACAUUCCAUGA